GAAUUUGUAUGUCACGUCUCGGCAUGCCCUUCUUCCUCACCGUUCCGAAUCGUUCACGUAGCUAGGCUCUGCGUGUAUCUCACUCUCCAUCAUGCCUGCAAAUACAAUUAGUGAUCCUUCAGCAGCUAAAACUGAUCUACAAGGGCUUGAACUGGCGGAACAUCACUUUGGUCCCUUACUUCGCCCAACUCUUGUCUCUGUGCCACGCAAGGGCUCUGAGGAAGACUCUAAGGAGGAUGAAUACGACGAGUACUCCGACGACGCUUGGCUUUUCAACAGCGUCAAAGCUUGCGUUUCUCAGAUUGAGGAUGAAAUGGACUUUGAGGACGGCACACUCCAGAAAUGCAUUACCAUUUUAUGCAACGAUACGGUGCUCGAUGACGAGAAACCACGCUCCACUAAUCACAUAGUCAGGAUCUAUUCACCCACUGCGCCAAUGUACAUCGAUGUGCAUUUUAAAUACUACUGCCGCUCGCAUCGGUCAGAGGUCGAUUGGCAAUAUACCCUCGGGUACAAGAUCCAACGCCGCCCAUCUGCGACGGCAAGCAAUGCACUUGCUAUCAAAAAUGAGCUCAAGAUGGGCGGGCCUCCGGAUGUUUACACGUGCAAUGGGUGGCAAACCUUAGGCUGGGGUUGCUACGAUGACUACUAUAGAAACUAUGGCGAACAUGGGCCACACGUUGAGUUUGGGAGGGUGGAGUUGCGCGAGGAAGGAGUCAUGGACGUUCACGAGGCGUUGUUUGGAGAAUUGGAGAAACCUGCUGAAACCGACUCAGAGGCCAUGCUCGCAUAUCACCGAUCACUCGUAAGGGGCAUACGGCUGCUUCUCGCUGCUGUUGGUAUUUCAUAUGAUUUGAUGCUCGAGGGGCUGAGCGACAAAUGGGUCGCGCGGGGGAUACGAAAUGCAUGUGGCCUCCGACUCGCCAGAGACGCAGGAGAAGAGCGGAAAGGUGCCAUAGAACGACAGGAAGCAAAGGGUUACGACGAUGACUCCGAGGACGACGACGAAGGGGAUUAUGACUCUGGCUACGGUUUCUGACGAUCAGAUUGAUCAUGGAUGGGUAAGAGUUGGGUUCCAAAGAAUAACGAGUGUGCUACAUAUGAUAUUGAUACGUUUGAAGCUAGCACCUGUCCAUAGUUCAAGUUCAUUGACAUCCGGCAGCGGUGAGAUGGAGUCAUGGACCCAGCCGCAAUCACAUACGAUGACCGAUGGCAAAGAGCUUCAUAUAAAUACAAUGGCACAGCUCUGUCUGCUGCAACCUUGAACAGAUAACUUCGUCCGUCGUGUUGACAUGGAGAAAUGAG